GAAGUUUGUGGAGGAGAAUCAGAGACUAGCGGCAGAGUGUGCGCAUCUGGUGAGUCAGUGUAACAAGUUGGAGAAUGAUCAUGACCGAGAGGCUUUCAUGGAUUUUGGAAACGAGGCAGACCAAGGAGGCUGAGUUGGAGGAUGAACUGGGAGAAGAAUUGAAGUUUUACAAGAAUGAAUACGAGAGGCUUUCGGUUGAUUCAUCUGCUGAAGGCUCACCUGUUGAAGAGAAACCAGUGGAGUCUGUUUUAGCAACAUCGACCAAAGAUGAGACUGGGGCGGCAUGUGCAUUUUUGGAGGCCAAUAGCUGAAAUGAGUCAUGUCAAAGGUUGCUAAAUAUGUGGAAUGGCUUGACGCCGUCAUCUCAAAAAGUUUUAUCGCUAGUUGCUGAGUUGAAAACACUUCAGAAGAAUAAUGUAACACUUGAGAAGGAUGAAGAACAUCUAAGGAUCAAUCUUCUUUCUGCUGAAGAGGAGGUCAAAUUGCUUUUCGAAGAAAACAAAGUGUUAGAUGAAGCUAACAAAAGAUUACUAAAGCAGUACCGCAAGGAAAGAAACAAUUCUGGUUCUGAUGGAAAGCAUACUGAUGUAUCAACGAAGGUAAGAGAAAGGGAGAAGAAUAGCUUUGAUUGCAUGUUUUACUAUGCUCUUAUACUUUCCUUGGCAUUUCAUGUCCAUGAAAUUGUAGUAGGAUCUAAUUUUAUGCAUUCUCCCCUUUUGCAGUCAAACAAGCGAAAAUCUAGCUCUAAGGUGAUGAGCAGCAGCCCGAUUCAGGGGAAGAUCGAUUUCAGUGACCAAGAAUCAGCAAGACAACCUCUCUCACCCUUGCGUUGUAACUCCCCUAACUCAAGACUGCAUAAAAAGCAAUAGGAAGCUUCCGAAAUAGUCUGAUGUAUAUCUCACCUCUCAUUUGUACCUUUUUAUGUACCCAUCAUAUGGGUUGGCAUAAGAUUGCAGAUUUUCAAAUGACUAACAAAAUUGUUUGUAACUUGUAAGAAUCAUUUGCCAAGU